UCUCUACAGCAGAACCGGAAGUAUAACUAACAUUCAGCUCAAACACGGAACACGGAACACAGUCCGGUGCUCUGACCGAUCCGAUGGCCUCCGCGAGUUUGUUUGCAGCCUUCAGGCGGUUUGUGAGCAGAAAUGCGAAGAUCAGGAGGAUGAACGAAUGCAGUUGGACCGAUCGAAUCAGAACUUCAAACAGAACAGCUUCGUUUCUCGUGGCUGUGACUCCACUGUCCCUCCUGAUCUAUGAGAGAGUGGCUCGUUUCUCUUCGGUUCGAGCGCUGGACUCAGCUCAAGAAGUUUUAGAACAAGCAGAUUAUCUGUACAGCUGCGGAGAGACUCAGAAACUCCACCAGCUCCUGGUGCACCACAAAGACAGUGAUGAUGCAGAGUUUCUGUGGCGUUUGGCGCGAGCGUCCCGUGAUCUGACGUCACUGUCCAGCAUCAGCUCCGACGAGAAGAAGCGGCUCACAUACGAGGCCCUCGACUACGCAAAGAGAGCUCUGGAGAAAAAUGAGGCUUCCUUUGCAGCACACAAAUGGUUUGCUAUCUGCCUCAGUGAUGUUGGUGAUUAUGAAGGGAUCAAAGUGAAAUUAGGAAAUUCUUACAUCAUUAGAAGCCACUUAGAGCGAGCAAUUGAACUCAAUCCAAAGGAUGCAACAUCCAUCCAUAUUCUUGGUUACUGGUGUUUCGCGUUCGCUGAAUUAGCGUGGUACCAGCGGAAAGUUGCAGCUGUUAUUUUUUCAUCGCCUCCAACAGCUACUUAUGAAGAGGCUUUGGCAUUUUUCCUGAAAGCUGAAGAAGUUGACCCAAAUUUCUACAGUAAGAAUCUGCUGAUGCUGGGAAAGACGUUCAUGAUGCUGAGAGACGUGGAGCGGGCGGCGCUGUGGCUCACUAAAGCACGAGACUACCCUGCAGUGACAGAAGAAGACAAACAGGUUCAUAAGGAAGCACUGGAGCUGCUGAAGAAACUCAACAGAUGACGAGUGGCAGCUAAAUCAGACCCGAUGUGAUCUAACCCUUACCCAGACAUGACUUCAUUGAUUUUUGUAAUGACUUGCCACUGAUUGGUGUAUGAUGGCGAUUUAUCAUUCGCUAUUUUAGACUCUUUUAAUGUCUGCCAUUAACAGAAGCAGAAUAAAGGGACAAAAUCUAACCCUAAUGCUGACGGUAACGGACUAGUACUGGUGUAUUUGUAGCACACUUGAAUGUUUGCUAGUUUCAGACAGAUACGACUCUCACCAGCAAACAGACCUUGGGCUGACUGCAGAUCAGAGAUCAUCGAUGAAGAUGCAACGU